AUGGACGCGUUACGACGUGCUGCCCAGCACUCGAGCGAAGACUCACCAACCUCUAUGACCUCCUCACUUCGUUCCAACAUCAAUCUAAGCAAUAAACUAUCUGCAAUCCUUGACCAGCAUCACAAUGAAACUGUGAUCAACGACCUGGACCUCAAUGAAAGCUCCUCACCUGACACCAUCCUAUCCCGCGUUCUCACCCCGAAAUCCUAUUCGAGUACGGUCUCCUCUUUUGCUCUCUUCCAACAGACCCAACAACCUCUUCCCUUUGUCGAGUACCGCGUCAUCGGUUUUGGCCAGUGUGGGCUCGUUUUCGAAAAGCCUGGGCAAGGAUACGUCCUGAAAGUUGCGAAACAUUCAUACGAGGACGCUUUAUGGGCCGACUUGAGAGCACAUUUACGAGUGCAAGAGGCCUUCGAUAACCCCCAAAACAGCCGCAUUGAAUGCCGCGUUCCGCGACUCUACUCUUAUGUCCCCAAGGGUAACAACGUGUGGUGGGAACGCAAUAUGAACCUUUUCCCUCCUGUCCACGACUCCAUUACCCUACCCGCCAUGACUUUGCUGAAUCGCGUGCGUUUGUCGCUGCAAAUCCUACAAAUCGUGACUGUUUGGCUCGCUUGUAUUUGGGUCGUCGUCGUCUCACAACAACCCCUCCCCCCGAACUUCACGCUUCGAAAUUUCAACCUUCAUCUCGACCAGAUGGUCGAUCUCAAGUAUCCUGUGCAUAGUCUGGCUACAGCCAUAGGCGAAGCUUUGGCCAUCAUCCAUUGGUCAGCCAACGUAGAUGCGUACGAUAUAGAAUUCGUCCUUGGAAGUGAAGGGGAUAGAAAGUACGGCCAAGAUGUCCUUGCGACUCUUAGAAUGAGUUCAGACGAUGUAGCCGCUAUGGCACCCCACACUGAUAUCGAAGCGCUUCUGACCGUGAAUUUCAUGCGCCGCACCACGCGGCUGUGGAUCCUGGAUUUCAAUCUUUGUAAUAGUUGGGAUGAAACUGCGGCAGUAAACAAUUCCGAAUCCCUUGUCGCCCAUCCUGUCGAAGCAUUCUUCGAAAACGACCCAUACUAUCCUUUACCGCUCAUGGAGGAUGUUCUGGAGCAGAACUUAUGGGACAUGUUUCGUUCCAGCUACAUUGCAAAGGCCAGUCAAGUCCUCCACGGAAGGGACGACCGGCUAGCUGGCCUUCCCCACAAGUUCAUCGACGGAUGUAUCCAGCGGGAGAAGGAGAGUCUCGAGAAGGGACUCGGUCAUGGAUACCGUGAAUUGAAGCAGUGA